AUGGUGAAACGUACCAGUGAUGUUGUUCUCUCUAUAAGCUCUCAUGGAAUGCCUCGUCCUAAAUAUCAGUUCACACGUUACCGUCCAUGGAAUACACGGACUUACCCAGUGUGGAAAGAUGGAGACCAGAGGUUCAGGAGUGCUUGGACCGGUGGUGAAGUAACUUUUGAUGUGAAAAAUGAUUCACCCACUCUGACUGGAGCCAGAGCAACCUUCACUAUAAAUAUAAACUUCCCCCAGAACCAGACCACGCUUGCUAAUGGUGAGGUGGUCUGGGCACAAAACUGCACUAUUGAUGGGAAUCACUAUCACAAAGGCCAGCUUGUGUAUCCUGAUCACAAUAACUGGACCGGAGUUUUCCCAAAUGGUGCAACAUUUCACAAGGGCAAAGACAAGAAGAACCGCUUUGUUUAUGUGUGGAAAGCAUGGGGGCGGUACUGGCAGGUUGCAGAUGGGCCGUCCUCCACUCUCAGUCUUAACACACGGGAUACUCCCCUGGGCUCCUACAACAUGGAGGUCGUCAUCUAUCACUGCCGCAAUAAAGACAAGUUUAUUCCUCUUGGCUACGCCUCCACAGUUUUCACAAUCACAGACCAAGUUCCCUUCACCUUGUCGCUCUCCCAACUCAAUGAUGUCAACAAGGAGGACCGGCGCUUCAUCCAGAAGCGAGCCAUCUCUUUCGAUGUUAAGAUCCAUGAUCCCAGCCAGUAUCUGGACAGCGCUGACAUUAGCUUCAGCUGGGACUUUGGUGACAGCAGCGGUACCCUGAUCUCCAGAGAGAUGACUGUCACACACACAUACCUUGACGUUGGGACAUUCACACCUCAGGUGGUCCUGAUGGCGACCAUCCCCCAAACCUGUGGAGGUCCUACUGUUGUCGCUCCUAUUGAUGCCUCUGCUGCUGCAGCAGAAGUCGUGGUUGCCCCCACGGUUUCGCCUCUCCCAACUGCUCCAGCCGAUGGAGGAGAUGCAGAAGCUCAAGAUGUACCUGCGUCUGACGCGCCUCCUCUCGCUGUGUCCUUGCAGCCACCUGCAGCAGACCAAGGCACAGAAGAUGCAGGAGCAGCAGUAGUAGUUGUUGUUGCCUCAGUAGCUCCUGCAGUCAAUGCAGCUGUUGAACCUGCCAACACUGUUGCCCCUGCUGCAGGAGCAGAUGUUGCUGCUGUUACAGCUGCAGCAGCAGGAGAGGUAGCCGAUGCAGCCGAUGCAGAUGCAGCUGCUACAGCUGCGGCUGCAGUUGAAGCUGCUGUGGUUACAGAUGCACUUGGAGAAAAUGUACCUGUGGUUGCAGACACUGUUGCAGUUGCAGAAGAAGAAGCUGCAGUUGAGGUUGCUGCUAUUGUCACAGUUGCUCCUGUUGCAGCAGUUGAUACAGAUGUUGCAGAUGCUGCUGCUACUCCUGCUCCAGUGGCUAAUGCUGAGGUCAACAAUGUUGUAGCUGAUGUUGAUGCUGCUGCAGAGGUUGUCCAGGCUCAAACAGAGGCCCCUGUGGCUGAUAUUGUAGUCACGGUUGCCCCUGAGGCUAUCGCUGUUGAAGAGGCUGCAGCAGCAACUGAAAAUGCAGUGGCAGCAACUGCAGCUCCUGCGGCUGCAGAAGUUGAUCCAUCACAGGUUGCCCUUGUUGUGGCUAAGAGAGACGUUUCAGAAACACUAGAUGACUGUAAUGUCUACCGUUAUGGAUCUCUUGCCACCUCCUUAGAUGUUAUCCAGGCUAUUGAAAGUGUAGAGAUUGUACAGAUGUCUGGGGUGUUGUCGCUGGCAACUGAGUUGGAUCAGAACGCUGUGGAUGUCACUGUUAUCUGCCAGGGAAGCCUGCCAAGAGAGGUGUGCACAGUCAUCUCAGAUGCUGACUGUGUAACGCCGAUGGAAACCAUCUGUAAUGAAGCCAGACCCUCUCCAGACUGUCAAAUGAUCCUUCGCUCUUUCUUCAAUGACACUGGAGUGUUUUGCAUCAAUGUCUCUCUGACUAAUGACGUCAGUUUCGCAGAAGCAAGUGCCAGAGUCAGUGUGUCACUAGCCUCGACUGGUUCUCCUGCUGGGACUGCAGUCACAGUCCUGGGUGUGAUGGUUCUCGCCUGUGUGGUCUGUUGUGUGGGUUUGAUGUACAGGCGCUUCAAGCAGUACCAGCCCCUAAGAGAAGACAGUCCAUACAACAAUGGCGGCAGCUCAGGGGUAACAUCAGUGCCCAUGUUGUUGUGGAACUUGUUGAGCCGACAGUCAGCGGGAGAGAGCCGUCCACUGCUUCAUGGGAGAGUUGUUUAAAUAUUAUCAUCAGCUUUGCAUUCAACAACCACAGCACCCACAUCUUAAAUAUCAGCUUUAACACUUUAUACUGUCAGUGUAAUGUCAAUGUAUAAACCCAGACUCAUU